GCCACAUUUGACAGGAUGUUUUCAAUCAUGCUUCUCUUUUGCACUUCUCUGCUGAGCUCGUACAAAGCUAAAGAAUGCAGCCCUGCAAAUCAUUUAUUUGUGAUGCUGGGGAAAGAUGCACACCUGGAAGUCAUGGAACAUUUUCAUCUAGUUCAGCACAGUCAGUUUAGAUGGACAUUUAAUAACAGUGUCAAUAUAGUGAGGGUAUUUUCUGAUAACACAAACAGUACAAAUGACAAUUAUAAAAACAGGACCACUAUUUCAGAAGAUUACUCUUUGCUGUUGAAGAACCUGCAACCAGUGGAUAAAGGUUGUUACACUGCAAAUAUUCUCAGUGACGUUGACAAAUGUUUGGCUAAAUACAGCAUCACAGUUGAAGAUCUAGUGUCUGCCCCUGAGCUGACAGUGGAGUCUGUGUCCAACAGCUACGACUUGUGCGUCCUCGCUGUGAACUGCAGCACGCAGGACUCACACAUCCAAAGCACUUUAAUAUAUGACACCAACAACAACAGUCUGCUGGAAGGAGAAACAUCCAAGGUCACCGCCUAUGGUGCUUCCCUCCAAAUUAAACUGGUAGACGGCUUGGUCAUUUGUAACCAUAGCAACCAUGUCAGUGAGCUAAAGGCCGUGAAGAAGAUUCAACACUUCUGCCCAACAAAAUCUGUUUCAAACAAAACCAUCCAAGUUGUGAUACCUGUGACUGUCAUCGGGAUUUGUCUUGUCCUUUCCAUUGGCCUUUUCUUGAAAUGUAGACCUACAGGUCGAACACAGACCUGUGAAAAUACAAUAUAUGACACUCUUCAGAACAAUAAUUCAGUUCAAACUGUGGAUCCGAAUCCCUCAACUACCAUCUAUGGCCACACUGUACCAGACGAAAAAUCCACCGGAACACCAACCAUCGACUCAGUAGAGACCCUGUACUCUAGCAUUGAUCAAUCUGCCAAGAAGAAACCCCCAAGAUCACACCAUGGACAACAUAAUUAAUGAUUGAUGAUGAAAUAGAAAGUGCCAGGAUGUGGUUUUCUACUGUAUAAAGUGUGCAUAUGUUUUUAUGUGUGUGUGUAUAUAUAUAUAUAUAUAUUUUUUUUAUAAAGACAAUAUUUAUACACAUAAACUGGUAAUGGCACAUCAAGUGUGUUGUGUACCUGCUUCCUCUGGAGAGGGCGCUCUUGAGUGGUGUGAAACUCAGUUACAGAUCCAAUUCAGAAAAAACAUACUUUGUACCCAGGGCCAUGAACACAACACAGACAUUUUUAAUGUACAGUUUUUUAAUUUCAAGUUAAAAGUACCAUAUUCCAACUUUUUAAUCAAAAGAAAUGAUCAAAUUUGAGAAACAAUAAAAGCUAAAUUUUCCAUAAGUUCUGACCAGGACUGACUAGGUUUUGUUCACAACACCUACGACUAAUAGCAAACUGCAAAUCAGGGAUUUUUACUGAUGUAAUAAG